AUGUCCAGGUACUUGAGAGGUGUUAGUGCUUCUUUGAGACACAAUGUGUCCAAGUUAGCCGGUGCAAAUCUUACUGCUUCUACAACUUUGGCAAGACCAUCAUUCCCAAUCCGUCUGCUCCAUGCUAGUUCGAGAUCUUUGAACUCUGUCGUUGAAAAAAUUCCAGAAACGUAUGAAGAAGAAAAGGUCAUUAUUGAUGAACUUAACACCACUUUGACCCCUGACGAUACUAAAAUCUUGACUAAUAUGAGAAACAUUGGUAUUUCAGCUCAUAUUGAUUCUGGUAAAACUACAUUCACUGAACGUGUUCUUUUCUACACUGGUAGAAUUAAGGCUAUUCAUGAAGUUAGAGGUCGUGAUGCAGUUGGUGCUAAGAUGGAUCAUAUGGAUUUGGAAAGAGAAAAGGGUAUUACUAUCCAAUCUGCUGCCACCUACUGUUCUUGGGACAAGGCUGGAUCCAGUUACCAUUUUAACUUGAUUGAUACCCCAGGCCAUAUUGAUUUCACUAUUGAAGUUGAAAGAGCUCUUAGAGUUCUUGACGGUGCUGUCCUUGUUGUUUGUGCUGUUUCUGGUGUUCAAUCUCAAACUGUUACCGUUGAUCGUCAAAUGCGUAGAUAUAAUGUUCCAAGAGUUACUUUUAUUAAUAAGAUGGAUAGAAUGGGUGCUGAUCCAUUCAGAGCUAUUGAACAAAUUAACUUGAAGUUGAAGACUCCUGCUGCUGCCAUCCAAGUUCCUAUCGGUGCUGAAUCUGAAUUGAAGGGUGUUGUUAACAUUAUUGAUAGAGUUUGUUUAUAUAACGUUGGACCACAAGGUGAAGAAAUCAAAAUUGAACAAGAAAUUCCUGAAGAUCUUAAGGAAUUAGUUGAAGAUAAGAGAGCUUUAUUGAUUGAAACUUUGGCUGAUGUUGAUGAAGAAAUGGCUGAUAUUUACCUUGAAGGUGAAGAACCAACCGUUCAACAAAUCAAAGAUGCUAUUAGAAGAGCUACCAUUGCUAGAAGAUUCACUCCUGUUUUGAUGGGUUCCGCUCUUGCCAACAAGGGUAUUCAACCAGUUUUAGAUGCUGUUGUUGAUUACUUGCCACAACCAAAUGAAAUCUUGAACACUGGUUUAGAUAUCUCCAAGGGUGAAGAAAAGAGAGUUAACUUAGUUCCAUCUUCUUCUGCUCCAUUCGUUGGUUUAGCUUUCAAGUUGGAAGAAGGUAAGUACGGUCAAUUGACUUAUAUUAGAGUUUACCAAGGUAAGUUGAAGAAGGGUUCUUACAUGAACCACAUCAAGUCUGGUAAGAAAGUCAAGGUUGCAAGACUUGUAAGAAUGCAUUCUAAUGAUAUGGAAGAUGUCGAUGAAGUUGGUGCUGGUGAAAUCUGUGCCACUUUCGGUAUUGAUUGUGCUUCUGGUGACACCUUUAUUGGUGCCAAUUCUGAACAACAAAUUGCAAUGAGUUCCAUGUUUGUUCCCGAUGCAGUUAUCUCGCUUUCUAUCACUCCUAAGAAUAAGGAUAAUGGUAACUUUUCUAAGGCCAUGAACAGAUUCCAAAAAGAAGAUCCUACUUUCAGAGUUAGAUAUGACAAUGAAUCUAAGGAAACUGUUAUUUCUGGUAUGGGUGAAUUACAUUUGGAAAUUUACGUUGAAAGAAUUAAGCGUGAAUAUGGUGUUGAAUGUACCACUGGUAAGCCACAAGUUGCCUACCGUGAAACCAUUACUGCUCCUACUGACUUCGAUUUCACCCACAAGAAACAAUCUGGUGGUGCUGGUCAAUUCGGUCGUGUUAUGGGUGAUAUGAAACCAUUAGAAGGUGACAAUAAGUUUUCUCACCAUGUUGUUGGUGGUAAGAUUUCCGAUAAGUUCUUAUUUGCUUGUGCUAAGGGAUUUGAUGAUUCUUUAGAAAAGGGUCCAUUGAUUGGCCACCGUGUCUUGGGUGUACACAUGCACGUUAAUGAUGGUCAAACACAUCUUGUUGAUUCUUCUGAAUUGGCUUUCAGAACCGCCACCAACGGUGCUUUCAAGCAAGCCUUUAUGAACGCUAAACCAGCUGUUUUGGAACCAAUCAUGACUUUGGAAGUUACUGCUCCAAAUGAAUUCCAAGGUUCUGUUGUUGGUUUAAUCAAUAAGAUUGGUGGUAUGAUCUUAGAAACUGUUAACGGUCAAGAAGAAUUCUCCGUUACUGCCGAAUGUUCCUUGAAUGGUAUGUUUGGAUUCUCCACUUCAUUGAGAGCUUGUACUCAAGGUAAGGGUGAAUUCUCAUUGGAAUUCCUUAAAUAUGCUCAAUGUUCAGCACAAUUGCAAAAGGAAUUGAUUGCUGAAUAUCAAAAGAAGCAAAAAAUCAAGGCUUAA